AUGUCAUCAUCGUCUAGUUCGUCAGAGUCGUCGCCUAAUUUGUCGCGAUCGAACUCACUGGCUAACACCAUGGUUUCCAUGAAAACAGAGGAUCAUACAGGAUUGUAUGACCACAGGCAGCAUCCUGACUCGCUACCAGUUCGUCACCAAGCUCCGCCAUUGAAGAGGGGGGAAACAGCUAACUGCUCAAACCCUCCUACUCCCAAUGAGCAGAAGAGCUCAGCGAAAUAUGGUGGCCAUGUGGAGGCGGGAGAUCCACCCGCGAGAAACCGCAUGGAUUUUGAGGAUGAAAGUUCGGAUUUGGGAGAAGCAGUUUCUCAUCACCAAUUGAGAGCAUCUGCGAUUCUAACUUCUAAUGCGAGGCCAUCUAGGCUAGCACAUUCCAUGCCACACCAAAAGCAGCUUUACGUGCAGAGCAAUACACAUAUCUUACCAAAGGAUGGGUGCCUAAAAAAGGACUAUAAUAUGUCACCUUCGACCGUGUCUUCAAGUAACAAAUCCAGACUAAGUACACCUUCCUCGGCAAGCCCCAUUACAAAGGUCCGUAAACCCUCACUAGUCAAUCCGAUCCUUGAGAUACCACGUGAGCCGAAAGCCGAUCCGCAUUCUAAGCAGGUCAAACCUAAGAAGAGAACUUACUCCACAACAUCUACACAUUCAUCCAUUAAUCCUGCAGUUUUGCUGACGAAAAGUUUAUCCCAAAAAUCGGAUGGAGAAGAUGAUGCACAGGAGAGAAAGCCAGUACGUAUGAACACUAGGGCCUCUUUUGAUAGCGAUGUAUCACAGGCGUCCAGGGAUUCACAAGAAACAGAAGAAGAUGUUUGUUUCCCAAUGUCUCCACAGCUGCAUACAAGAGUCAAUGGUAUAGAUUUCGAUGAACUAGAAGAAUAUGCCCAGUUUGCAAAUGCGGAAAAGAGUCAGUUUCUGGCAAACCUUCAAGGACCCAACGAACAAAAAUACAGUAACGUUUCUCAAGAUAUUGGAUUUACUAGCUCCACUUCUACUUCAAGCUCUUCAGCGGCCUUGAAAUACACACCUAGAAUUUCGCAGACACUUGAAAAGAGUGACGGCACUAAUGAGACAGACGCAAAUGCGGAGAAGGAAGAGGAACAUGACGAUGUUAAGCCUAGUUUACGUCCUGGUGUAUCAUUUGGUAAAAAUAAGGUGGAAGGAGAAGAUAAUGAAAACAUUCCAACCCCUGAUCCAGCGUAUUGUUCAUACCAAAAUACAGAUUUUCAAAUUCCCAAUAGAUUUUCAUUUUUCUGUUCAGAAUCGGAUGAAACUGUACAUGCCAGUGACAUUCCUUCUUUAGUAUCUGACGGUCAGACUUUUUACGAAUUGUUCAGAGGAGGCGAGCCAACAUGGUGGUUGGAUUGCAGUUGCCCAACCGAUGAUGAAAUGCGUUGCAUCGCAAAGGCAUUUGGCAUCCAUCCAUUGACGGCAGAAGAUAUUAGAAUGCAGGAGACUCGUGAAAAGGUGGAACUUUUCAAGUCAUAUUACUUUGUUUGUUUCCAUACAUUUGAAAACGAUAAGGAAUCAGAGGAUUUCUUGGAGCCCAUUAACGUUUACAUUGUCGUUUGCAGGUCAGGCGUUUUGACUUUUCAUUUUGGCCCAAUAUCUCAUUGUGCCAAUGUAAGAAGACGUGUAAGACAAUUACGUGAUUAUGUCAAUGUUAAUUCAGAUUGGUUAUGUUAUGCCUUAAUCGAUGAUAUCACGGAUAGUUUUGCUCCUGUUAUUCAAUCUAUUGAAUAUGAAGCUGACUCCAUUGAAGAUUCAGUAUUCAUGGCCCGUGAUAUGGACUUUUCGGCCAUGUUACAAAGGAUUGGUGAAAGUAGACGCAAGACAAUGACGUUAAUGAGACUUUUGAGUGGUAAAGCGGAUGUUAUAAAAAUGUUUGCCAAAAGAUGCCAAGAUGAAGCUAAUGGUAUUGGACCAGCGCUAACAUCACAGAUCAAUAUUGCAAACUUACAAUCAAGACAAGAUAAUUCCAAUCGCACGAGUAAUAAUAGCCAUGCACUUUUGCCAAAUAACUCUCCACACACAACAUCACAACCGAGGGGGGAUAUUGCAUUAUAUCUAGGCGAUAUUCAAGAUCAUUUGUUGACGAUGUUUCAAAAUUUGCUGGCGUAUGAGAAAAUUUUCUCUAGAUCUCAUACAAAUUACCUAGCUCAGUUGCAAGUAGAAUCGUUCAAUUCGAAUAACAAAGUUACGGAAAUGUUAGGUAAGGUCACCAUGAUAGGUACAAUGUUAGUCCCAUUAAAUGUUAUCACUGGUCUUUUCGGUAUGAAUGUCACAGUUCCAGGAGAAAACUCCAGUAUUGCGUGGUGGUUCGGAAUAUUGGGUGUUCUGCUUUUACUGGCCACCAUAGGGUGGUUUUUGGCGAAUUUUUGGAUUAAAAGAAUAGAUCCUCCGGCUACUCUUAACGAAGCUGCAGAGAGUGGGGCCAAAUCUGUUAUCUCUAGCUUUUUACCCAAACGAAAUAAGAGAUUCAAUGAUCGUUCGAAAAAUGUCAAUAUAAGAGUCGGCCCUUCAAAUAGGUCAGUUGCAAGUCUUCCUAGUAGAUAUAGCCGCUAUGAUUGA